AUGUCUACCGAAAAGGAUAGUGAUUUGUAUAUGAGGCUGUUCGACAGCAAAGGACAAGGCAACUACCUCCUGUACCCUCCCACUUACGAGGAUUUACAUCCCGGAUUCGUUGGCUUUUACAAUUCUGAUGAAGGUGUAUGGCAUGAACUUGCUGAUUUGUCUGAUCCGGACAAGCUCAAGGCGAAGGGAUUCACAAAGCCCCCCUCGCGAGCUCUGCAGGAGAUGAAGGCCGAUGAAACCACUUGGGACUCGAGAACGUCCGAAAGCGAGUCGCAAAGCAGUCUCCGCGGCAAUGUGGGUGCUUCUGGCGCCGCAGCCGGGGUCCCGGUCGAGGGGUCUGUGGACUUGAAAUACAAGAAAGGCUCGUCCGGGAAGGCGGCGGUCGUCGCUAAAAGCGUGGUCAAAUUCGAAAUGUACAAGGAACCAUUCGGGAUGCCAAUCAAAGAAUGGGUCCAGGAGAAUGCAAAGGCACUCCUUGGCGACUGCAAAGAUAAUAUUGAAAAAUAUGGCCUCUGGGCCGUCCAGACAGUCUAUAUCGCCGAUGAAUGCGUCAUUACCAUGAACAAGGGUAACAGCUUGGACAUCGAUCUCGGGGCUGACGUUGGCGCAACCGGAUUCGGCAAGAUCGGCGGCGGUAGGGCCUUGAUGGAAAAGCUCGACAGCCAAGGGUGGUCGUCAUAUGACUCGAAACCAGGCUCCAAGGGACGUGUGAUCUCAUUUGGUGGAGUGAAGUUCAAGCCGCGCAACUUUUCCAAGUUGUUCAGAUCUUCACUUCUCAAGGAGGUUGCCGUUAUGGAGUCAUCGCUGUCGAGCCCAACGGCCAAGCGACCUAUCUUUGAUGAGGAAGAAAACUUGACGGGUUUCGAGGAUGUUCGACGUGUCCGAAGAGAAGACGGAGAGUUUGAUAUUAUGAAGUUCGACAGAGCACCAAGUCGAAAUGAUGAAGAGAGUUCCGAUGAAGAUGAGCUCGAAUGUGAGGGCAUAUCAGAGGAGGAUGUUCAGGCAGAGAAGCAGUACCAGGAGGAGCAAAAGCAGGAGCGUGAACAGGUGAUGCUGAAGAACUGGGAAGAAUUCGUGGCAGAGACCGAAAAUCUGAACAAACAGGCAAGAGAGGCAAAUUCACAGCCGUCAAAGUCUGAUAAUGUUGAGCAACAUGUUGACUAUCUCCUUGUGUAA